AUGGCGCUCAGGCUUUGGAGCCUCGCGGCAGUUGGCUAUCUUCCUCUCGCCCUGGCUCAGAGCGAAACCAACACCACCAACAGCACAUUCUCAGCUCCAUCCAUCUCAGCAGCGCCCAUCGCGACUGUCCUCGCUGACACCGGCUACAUCCCCAGCGCGCUCAUCGAUGUGGCUGCAACAUAUGUCGCCUCCGCAGCGAACGCUGUUCAAACCCAACUGAUCGAAGCUCUGUCCAAACCUGGGAGUGAUCCGGAGAAGCUGAAUGACCCCGAGCUCUACUACACAUAUGGCAAUUCGCCGCCGGUCUACCCUUCACCCGAAGGUUCUGGAGAUGGAGAUUGGGCGGCGGCAUACAGCCACGCCAAGGAGCUGCUCUCUCAAAUGACUGACGAAGAGAAGAACCUCAUCCUCACUCCUGCAAUCAACUUUGUCGGCUGCUCCGGCUUUACUGGCAGUGUACCAAGACUCAACUUCUCCGGCAUCUGCCUCAACGAUGCUGAGAGUGGUGUCCGCACGUCAGACCACGAGAUGGUCAGCGGGUUCCCAGCACUUCUCACAGUGGGCGCAAGCUGGGACAAAGGGCUGGCAUAUCUCAGAGGACAGUAUCUUGGUGCAGAAUUCAAGGCGAAGGGCAUCAACGUCGCGCUUGGACCCGUUGUUGGACCUUUGGGCCGUGUCGCCAAGGGAGGGCGUAACUGGGAGGGCUUCUCCAACGACCCCUACCUGGCAGGUUCCCUGGUUGACCCGUCAGUACGAGGAAUGCAGCAGUCGGUGAUUGCCUGCGUGAAGCACUUCAUUGCCAACGAACAGGAAACAAACCGCAAUCCUUACUUCCAGGGCUUCCUCGCUCCUCUUGGCAUCAACCUGAACAACUCGGUAUCGUCCAACAUUGACGACCGGACCAUGCACGAGCUAUACCUCUGGCCCUUCUACGACGCCGUGAGAGCUGGAGCAGGAUCAGUCAUGGCUUCGUACAACCGUGUCAACAACAGCUACGGCAGCCAGAACAGCAAGAUUUUGAAUGGGCUUUUAAAGACAGAGCUAGGCUUCCAAGGCUUUGUAGUUUCUGACUGGUACGGCCAACACACGGGUAUUGCCAGCGCAAAUGCCGGACUUGACCUGGUGAUGCCAUCCGGUACAUGGUGGGGCUUCAAUCAGUUGGCUACUGCUGUCCAAAACGGAUCGGUCAACUCUACGAGGUUGGACGACAUGGCCACUCGAGUGCUCGCAGCCUGGUAUCGCUUUGCUCCUUUCACAACUCCUGGUGUCGCUGCGAACCAUGGUGUAGAUGCUCGAACUGCUGCCGCGGAUCAGAUCAUCUUCCAAACGGCUGUAGAGGGCCAUGUUCUGGUGAAGAAUGAGAACAACGCUCUACCAUUGAAGGCACCAAAGACUUUGUCCAUCUUCGGAUACGACGCCAUCAGUGGAUUCAAUACCUCCAGCACCGAUUCCCCUCUCUACUCCCUUGGAUUGGCCAACACCAAGGCCUACACCAACGGUCAACAAUUCGGCGAUUUGCAGUACAUUCUGCUUGCAGGUUCCAUCCAGCAGGGACCAGUCCCUGAAGUUGCUUUCAACGGAACGAUGAUCACUGGUGCUGGUUCAGGUGCCAUCACUCCGUCAUCCAUGGUCUCCCCGUACGACGCACUCCAGCGUGAGGCUGCCAAUGAUGGAACCACGCUUUACACGGACUUUGUCUCACAGGACCCGGCUGUGAAUGCAAGCGACGCUUGCCUUGUAUUCAUCAACGCUCAAUCGUCCGAAGCUGCCGACCGCAGUGAGCUCGCAGACGAAUGGUCUGACACCUUGGUCACCAAUGUGGCUUCAAAGUGCAGCAACACAAUCGUCGUCGUGCACAAUGCCGGUAUUCGUCUCGUCGACAGAUGGAUCGACAACCCUAAUGUCACCGCCGCUCUCCUUGCCCAUUUACCUGGCCAGGCCUCCGGCGAUGCUCUUGUCGAAGUUCUGUACGGCCGCCAAUCGCCUUCAGGCAGACUGCCAUACACCGUUGCGAAGAACGAGUCCGAUUACGGCGCUCUGCUCAACCCCAGUCAACCGGACGAGGAGAAUCCCCAGUACUCGCAAUCGAACUUUACCGAGGGUGUCUUCAUCGACUACCGCCACUUCCUUCAAAACAACAUCACCCCUCGAUUUGCCUUCGGGUACGGCUUGACAUACACGACCUUCUCAUACUCCAACUUGAAAAUUUCCAAGACCGCGGACCACUGCUCUCUCGCUCCUCCGGACAAGGACGAAAAGCCUUCUGAGGGUGGUCUCGCCAGCCUUUACGAGAUCAUUGCCACGGUGUCUGUCUUGGUAACCAACACAGGAAAGAUCGCGGCUGCUGAGGUAGCGCAAUUGUACCUGAACAUCCCGAACAGCGGAGUUGAGCGUGCCUUGAGAGGUUUCGAGAAGCACUGGCUCCAGCCAGGCGAGACGACGGAGUACGUCUUCCCAUUGAGGAGAAGAGACUUGAGCAACUGGGACACGACUGAACAGCAAUGGUUGCUGCAAGAGGGGGAUUACCAGGUCGUCGUCGGCAAGAGCGUGUUGGACGGCCAGCUGGAGGGCAGCUUUGCAUUGUAA